UCUUCUAUAUUGCCCACACGUAACAGGUUUCACCUGGAGGUCCACAGCUAUACUGUACUCUCAUAAUCCAAAGGUCCUUCUGGAACCUUCUACAUGGAAGACGGUAACAAUUUUGUCGUUAAUCAGCCGCCGCCGGCUCCGGCUGAACAAGACGAUCACGAUGAUAACAAUAGUUCCAGAGAAGACUUCGGCAAAAUGCUUUACGGAUGUGAACAUUAUCGGCGACGAUGUAAACUCCGAGCUCCUUGCUGCAAUGAAAUUUUCACUUGCCGUCACUGCCACAACGAUGCCAAGAGCGCUUUGAGCAACCCCAAGGAACGUCACGAACUUGUGCGCCACGAUGUUAAACAAGUUGUUUGUGCUGUAUGCGACACUGAACAACAGGUUGCUGGGAUCUGUUCAAAGUGUGACAUCAAAUUUGGGGAGUACUACUGUGAAAUCUGUAGAUUUUACGAUGACGAUACAACGAAGGGGCAAUUUCACUGUGAUGACUGUGGAAUUUGCAGGGUGGGUGGUCGAGAAAACUUCUUCCACUGCAGGAAAUGUGGAUCAUGCUAUUCAGUGGAUCUGUGUGAUAAUCACUUAUGCGUGGAGAACUCAAUGAAGAACCAUUGUCCCAUCUGUUAUGAGUUUCUUUUUGACUCAGUCAAAGGCACCACAAUUAUGAAGUGUGGACAUACGAUGCAUAUGGAAUGCUACACUGAGAUGAUCCAUCAGAACCAGUAUCGCUGCCCUAUAUGCUCUAAGUCAGUGCUCAACAUGUCCGGAACUUGGGAAAGAUUAGAUCUGGAGAUUGAGGCAACAGCCAUGCCUGAAGAAUAUCGUUACGAGGUUCCAAUUCUCUGCAAUGACUGCAAUAGUACUGGCAGAGCAUUUUUUCACAUUCUUGGCCACAAAUGCAAGCAUUGUAAUUCAUACAACACCCGCAUGAUUGGUACUGGCGAAGAUCCCCAAUGACAUGGGCAAUGGACAUUAUAUGCUCAGCUUGAUCUAAGUGGUGUAUUUUUACAUGGAACAGGCAACUGCCUCUACUUGUUUUUUCCUUUUUUCAUUUUGAUUCAUUUCUUCUAGUGAUCGGCCGUUUAACUGUAAAGAAUAUGGGCAAUAAUCAUCCGAUAAAGCUUAUCCUGUUGCUUAGUGAAAAUCUUCAGAAAGUAUCACAAAGCAGAACAAGUAUAGUUAAAUAACAUAUAUAUGCUGAGUUUGCAUCGAUUACCACAAAAAGAACAAUGAAUGUAAUUGUUACAUCCACUGAAAUGAAA